CAUGAAAAGUCGAGGGGGAAAAAACCACCAUUCAUCACCGAGGAAAAUUGGAUAAGGAUUUCAAAUUUUUGGGAAAGUGAGGAGUUUAAAAAAAGAAGUCAACAGAAUAAAAUAAAUCAAUCUUUUAAUUCUGGAGAAAUGUCUGCGACAUAUGCAGGAGGCUCUAUCAAUGUGGAUGAGCAUAGACGUAGAUUGACCAAAGAAUUGGGAAAGGAGCCUAAUUUUAUAGAUACUUUCACCCGCACAUUUCAGAAAAAAGAUAAGACUUGGAGCGGGGACAGAGCUAAAGCAAUUAAGGAAAAAUAUGUUGAGCUAGAGGUAGCACAGAGAUGUUCAGCUUCUGCUAGUUCUGAUAUUGAGGGGUCUGAGCCGUCUGUUGGUAGUGAUUUCAAUUUAUGGCUACAGGCGAGUGGGGGGCCAAAAGGGGGAGGAAAGAUAUUCGGAAUGGGUUCAUUGAGCAGAACCCAUAGAGUUGGUCGUAUAUCUUCUUCCUCCUCCGCACAUACCCAGCAGAUGCAUAACUUGACUGAAGAGGUUUCCCAGUUGAAGGGCAUUAUAAAGGACAGGGAUGAAGAAAUGAGAGAAAUGCGUCGACAACAAGAUUUUAUUAUGCGGCAUCUUCAGUUAAGUUAUGUUUCAAGUCAAAUUCCUCCCGGUGACGGUGAUGAUGGUGAUGAUGAUGAUGGCGAUGGUGGUGAUUCUUGAUAAAUUUAUGGUAAAUUUUAUGUUUGAAUUUUUUUCAUGUCAUGUUAUAGUUGAUUCUAUAUUUUCAUUUUACCUUGAUACAUUGCUUCUUAUGUCAUGUUUGCUAUCUA